CCCAUUAGUGAGCACACCUUGUCAAGGCGGCUCGGGGGCCCCAUCUGUUCCCUAUCCGGGGGCCAAGCACUGCUGACACCACCAGGGUGAAGGGAACGGCGUGGACUCAGGUGCUGAGAGCAGAGCAGGUAUCAGCCGCACAGUGACAGGUCUCGCCCACUCCCAGUUCUUGGCAGGGCACCAGCAGGCAGGAUACACCCCACAGCUACGGAAAAAAAAAAAAGGAUCGUGGAGAUAAGCCGGAGGAGCGAGAGGUGGAACCGUCUUCUCCCAGGUCUCCGGACACAGGGACGCUUCCAGGACAGAGUCAGCGCCCUGCAGUGAGAUAAAUUGGUUCCGGCUGUGAAGUUUGAAGUAAUCCAAGCUGCAGAUGACUUUCAGGAGAACAAUAUGGCGGCGGGAACGGCUGUCUUUCAUCCUUGUCGCUCUGGUUCUGGUUGUACGGGGUGAAGAGCCGGACACAAUACAACACGGGUGUACCAAUGGAGGAUGCUACCCCGCCACAGGAAACCUUCUCACUGGUCGAGACAACAACCUCGGCGCCACAUCCACGUGUGGAAUGGAAAGGAGCCAGGAGUACUGCAUUGUCAGCCAUCUAUCGGAAUCGGAGAAAUGUUUCCUCUGUGACUCCCGGGUGCCCAACCAAAGGGGGAGCCACAGGAUUCAAAAUGUCAUUUACCUGACAGGACCCGAUGGAGAGAAGACAUGGUGGCAAUCCGAGAACGGAGUGGAAACAGUGAGCAUUCGGCUCGAUUUGGAAGCAGAAUUCCAUUUUACGCAUCUCAUCCUGAAAUUCAAGACGUUCCGACCGGCCGGCAUGCUGAUCGAGAGGUCGGCAGAUUUUGGGCGCACUUGGAAAGUAUAUCGGUAUUUCUCCUACAAUUGCACCAAAAUGUUCCCCGGGGUCCCGGUUCAUGCCUUGCAGAAGAUUGAUGACGUGAUUUGUGAUCAGAGAUACUCAGAUAUUGAACCGUCCACGGAAGGAGAGGUGAUUUUCAAAGUCCUUGAUCCAGCUAUCAAAGUAGAAGAUCCCUACAGUUUGGAGAUACAAGAGCUCCUUCAGAUUACGAACUUGAGGAUCAAUUUCACCAAGCUUCACACGUUGGGGGACAACCUGUUGGAUCAGAGGGCAGAAGUCCUACAGAAGUAUUAUUACUCGGUGUACGAGUUGGUGGUCCGUGGGAGCUGCUUCUGUUACGGACAUGCCUCGGAGUGCUCCCCUGUGGAAGGGAUUGAAGGAGGAGUGGAAGGAAUGAUCCACGGCCGAUGUGUCUGCAAACAUCACACGGUGGGUCUGAACUGUGAGCUGUGCCAGGACUUCUUCCACGAUCUUCCCUGGAGACCAGCGGAACCCGACAACCCCCAUUCCUGCAAAAGAUGCAACUGUAACAAUCACUCCACAAAGUGCCACUUUGACAUGGCGGUGUAUCUGGCCACCGGAGGGGUGAGCGGAGGCGUAUGUGACAACUGUCACCACAACACCAUGGGGCGCAACUGCGAGCUGUGCAAACCUUUCUACUACCUGAACCCCUGGUCUGAUAUCCGGGCAGAGACGGCCUGCAUCCCCUGUGACUGUGAUCCGGUGGGCUCCUUGGAUGGGGGGGUCUGCGACAGCCACACCAACGUCAACCUUGGUAUGAUCGCAGGGCAAUGCCGCUGCAAGGAAAAUGUAAAAGGGGAGCGAUGCGACAGCUGCAAGGAAAACUUCUUUGGGCUCAGCAGAAACGACCCUCUGGGGUGUCAGCCAUGCCAAUGUGAUCCUCGUGGGAUUGUGGCGGGUAACGGUCCCUGUGACCAGAUUAGCGGUGACUGUUACUGUAAGAGAUUUGUGACGGGGAGAUAUUGUAACCAGUGUCUGCCCGAGUUUUGGGGUCUCAGCAAUGACAUGAUGGGAUGUCGGCCUUGUAACUGUGAUUUUGGAGGUGCUUAUAACAACAGGUGUUCCCUGGAGGACGGUCAGUGUGAAUGUCGAUCGAACAUCAUAGGGCGUGAGUGCGGGGAGGCGCAGCCUGGAUACUUCUGCAUGCCGCUGGAUUACUACACAUAUGAAGCAGAGAACGCCAAGGGGCUCUCCCCAACUGACCCCCAAACUCCGGGUAACCCCAAACCAGAGUCUCAGACGGACUGUGUGGAGUACUACAACGCCAUUCAGAAUGGAAAGAAAGUGAGGCUACGCCGACACCGAAGAACCAUCCGCGUCCUGCAACAGAAGGCGGCCAAGCGAAGAGCGCGCCAACUGCAGCAAAGGGCAGACAUUGAGAUCAUCCGCCGUGAACACUCUCCGGAUCACAUGAUCACCUGGACCGGGCCUGGCUUCGCUCGAGUUAGAGAUGGCGCUGGCCUCUUGUUUCACAUCGACAACAUCCCAUACCCCAUGGACUAUGACAUCAUGAUCCGAUAUGAGCCUGAGUCAGCAGAGGAUUGGGAAGCCAUCGUCAGCGUGACGUCUCAGAUAUUACCCAUGAGCCCCCGCUGCGGCAAUGUGCUGCCCUCUGAGCAAAUGUAUAGAGAAAAACUGCCACAUUCAGAGAGGUAUCUGGUCCUCUCGAAGCCCUUUUGCUUUGAAAAUAACAACCAGUAUGAAAUCAGCAUCCGCUUCCAGCGUUUGGAGGCCACCAAUCGACAGCCAGGAUCCUUCAUCCUCGUUGAUUCGCUGGUCCUUCUGCCCAAAGUCUUUGAACUGCCCGGUUUCCAUGGUAACGACCCUGUAUCCACGCACCAUCGAGAAGAAAUGGAGACCUACAGGUGCCUGGAGUCCUUCCAGAUGGCCACCAUGCCGGUCCUGGCAGAGAUGUGCAUCAAGCUGCUGUGUAGUAUCUCCGCCAUCGUCCACAACGGAGCUCUGCCCUGUCUGUGUGAUUUGCAAGGCUCGCUCAGCGCAGUGUGCAACAAAAUCGGAGGGCAGUGUAUGUGUAAGCCCAACGUGAUUGGCCAGCGCUGUGACCAGUGCGCUCCUGGGACCUAUGGGUUUGGCCCGUAUGGAUGCAGCAAGUGUGACUGCGACUCUCAGGGCUCCCUCUCCCGGUUCUGCAACCCGGUAACGGGUCAGUGUCAGUGCCACAGCAGUGUGGCCGGGAGACAGUGCAACCAGUGCCUUCCGGGACAAUGGGGCUUCCCCCACUGCAAGCCCUGCCAAUGUAAUGGCCACUCCGAGGACUGUGACCCCAGGACCGGAGCCUGCACCAGCUGCCGAGAUUUCACGAGCGGGCGGCACUGCGAGAAGUGUCUGGAUGGCUACUACGGAGAUCCUAUUCUUGGCACUGGCCAGCAGUGCCGUCCCUGUCCUUGUCCUGGCUAUCCCGGUACUCAAAACUACCACGGCAGUUCCUGCUACGCGGACCGAGACUCCAGCCAUAUCGUGUGCCUGUGCGCUCCUGGCUAUACAGGUUCACGGUGUGAUCGCUGCUCCCCCGGUUACUUUGGGAACCCGGACCAAGAUGGCGGAGAAUGUCGCCCUUGUCAGUGUAACAACAACAUCGAUCCCACCGAUCCCGAAGCAUGUGACUCGAGGACCGGCAUGUGCUUGACUUGUCUCCACAACACUGAUGGGCAUCACUGCGGAGAGUGCAAAGCUGGUUAUUUCGGCAGCGCCAUUCUGCGCAAUUGCCGGCGCUGUACCUGCAAUGAGCUGGGCACCUUGCAUUCCCACUGUACAAGGAACACCUGCUACUGUGACAGGGUGACUGGGCACUGCCCUUGCCGGGCGAAUGUCAUAGGGAAGAACUGCGAUCAGUGCGCCCCCAACUACUGGAACCUCGGAGCGGACCUGGGCUGUGAGGCGUGCGCCUGCCUGCCGGAGCAUUCCCUGAGACAGGACUGCAAUGUGUACACAGGGCAGUGCCACUGCCAGCCUGGCUUCGGAGGGAGAGUCUGCUCACAGUGCCAGGAGAAUUUCUGGGGUGAUCCGAAAAGAAGAUGUGAAGCUUGUAACUGUGAUGGCUACGGUUCAGAGAUCCGACAGUGCGAUCACCAUACAGGAAUGUGCCACUGCCGGGAGGGGUUUACCGGGCAGCGGUGUAACCAAUGCGCCAGAGGCUUCCGGGACAAUUAUCCCAGGUGUUCCGCCUGCCACCAGUGCUUCUACCAAUGGGAUGCCACCAUCUCCGAGCUCCAGAACCAGCUUCGGGUUAUACAGAAGAAGGUGUCCGACCUGCAGGACGGAGUGGAAGCUCCUGAGCUCAGUAACAGCCUCAUCAAAGAUCUGGACGACAAACUCAGGAUCAUCAAGCAGAUUAUCGGGCAGGGGACCAUCGAAGGCACACGCAUGCUGGAGCAAAUGAACAAGCUGGUCAACAAGAUAAGGACGGAGGUGGCCCAGCUCUCCUUCAAACUGCAUUCCCAGGAGAAGAGGAUGAAUGACACCAUGACCAAAGACGGAAGGCAAAAGGAGAAACUGGACAAGCUGAACAUCGAGCUCAGCCUGCUCAAUGUGACCGUGGUCAAACUCAAGACGCAGACAGAAGCCAUCGCAGCCUCAGGGUUCAAUGAGACAUAUGGGAGCAUCUUGAAGGCCUAUUUAGAUUCCACAGCUGCCGAGAGACUUGCCAAUGACUCUGUAUAUGGACCUGAUAGUCCCGUGAGCCACUCAAAGGAAACACGAGAUGAGACGGAGAGGCUUCUGAAAGAAAAACUGGACAUUUACCGAAGGAACAUGACAGCCCAUCGGACCUCGCUGAAAGAACUGCAGAAGAAGGCCAAGGAUCUCAAUGUCUUUAAAAUAAAUGAGAAGAUUUGUGGAGCUCCGGGGGACAAGCCUUGCGACCAGGCUCCAUGUGGUGGAGCCAACUGCAAGGAUGGCCAGGGCAAGAGGAAAUGUGGUGGAGAGAACUGUAAUGGAGCUCUGCCAAUCUCGGCAAAGGCCCUCGCAUCUUCCCAGAAUGUCAAAGUGGACCUGGAAAACAUGGCCACCCAGCUGAAUGACAUCUCUGAGAAGAUCCAGGAAGUCCAAAACAUUGCCCAAGAAGCCAAAGUGCAAAGUGAAUUCACCUUGAACAAAGCCAAAGACACCAAGCGGAGAAUUGAAGACUCUACAGAAAAACUCAGAGCUUUCAUCAAGAAGAUUAAAGAUUUCCUAACUGAGGAAGGAGCUGACCCAGAGAGCAUUGAACUGGUAGCAAGGCAGGUGCUGAACAUCUCACUCCCGGCCAGUCCUGGAGAUAUCGCUGCUCUCAUCAAACAGAUCACCGAGAGCAUUGGUAACCUCAGCGGGGUGGACAUGAUCCUUAAUGUUACAUCGGAGGGCGUAAAUACUGCCAAACUGCUCCUGCAAAAAGCUGUGGAGGCCAGAGAGAGAGCUGACGGGGUGAGCGUAAACAUUGGCGAAACCAAAUCUCUGCUGGACGAGGCCGGGAACAAAGCGAAGGUCGCAGAGAAGGCGCUGAAUGCCACCAAAGAGAGCAUCAGAAGGUUGAAGAACAUGGUGGACAAUUCCUUGGAAAAUCUUACUGGUGUGGAGGCGAAGGAGAACUCCAUAAUGGAUCGUUUGACCAAGUUGGCCGAGGAGGUAGAAGCUUUAAUGAAGAAAGUGGAUUCCAACAGACAGAUGGCCAACGAAGCAAACCAAAAGGCCACCAAUGCUAUGCUGGCCACAGACGGGCUUGACAAGGAGAUGGAAGAAGUCAAGAAGAACUACAGAGACCUGAAAGACAAGGUUGGAGGAGUGGACACCUCCUCGGGGUCAGCCAUGCAGAAAGUACAGCAGAUAAAAGACGAGGCUCAGGGCUUGCUAAAGAAAGCGACGGACGCCAAGGAGAAGCUAGACAAGCUUGAGCAAAAGUUCAAAGACAAUGAAGAGAACAUGAGCAAGAAAAUGGAGGAACUUCAAGACCUGGAGAAUAGAACGAUGGUUUUACUGAAUUUUAUCAGAGAAAAGUCCAAUGUCUACGCAACUUGUUAGCACAGCAAACAUCUCUUCUAUUCCACAAAUCCCCAUUCAUUCCACUUCCUAAUUUUACUGUAAACCUCCCACCACCACUGUCCUGUAAGUGGUCUGUCACCUUUACAUGCCGGAACUGUUUGGUGGACAGACCUAAUUAUCAUUCAUACUGCCAGCAGCUUAGCAUCUGUACCGCCAUUUUGGCUGAUCAUGUAUAUCACUGCCUGAUAGGGAAAUGAUGAUGAAGAACCUCAUUUACAUUGGUGCCUACCAGAAAAUGGCUUAGAUACAUUGGGCCAGAUCCACAAAUAGCGGGCGUAACUUAACUUUUCCCAUUUAAGUUACACUGCCGCAA